CAAUUACGCACCAGUAAACUGCAGGAGGUGCUUCAGGCUUCCUGGACAAAAGAAGGCGCACUCAACCUUACUUCACUUUUCCCCCCUUACAGAAUUAUUAAAUGAACUGAAUUAUUAUUCGUGUGGGGAAAAUGAUCCGCUACACGUUUUCCGCAUGUGCGCCCUGCAUGUCGUCAGUCCCAACUGCGUACAUGAUGACAAGUGGAAAUGCGCAGCAACACUGAUCCGUGUGGAACUCCAGGAGCGCACCGUGACUGAUAUGGAGGCGACUUCGGAUCCAAUUGCAUUCACAUCAGUGCUGUACGACGGAGAUGAUGAAGGGAAUGAGACCUCCUCUAACCAGUUCGCGCAGCCUGCUUGGCAAGUGGCUCUUUGGGCGCUCGCAUACUCGCUGAUAGUGCUGGUGUCUGUGGUGGGAAAUGUCACCGUAAUCUGGAUCAUCCUUGCGCACAGACGCAUGAGGACCGUCACCAACUAUUUCAUCGUGAACCUGGCCUUCUCCGACGCCUCCAUGGCCGCAUUUAACACGGUCUUCAAUUUCGUUUACGCGCUGCACAACGACUGGUACUUUGGGUUGGGUUACUGCAAAUUUCAGAACUUUAUCCCCAUCACUGCUGUCUUCUCUAGCAUCUAUUCCAUGGCUGCUAUCGCUGUGGACAGAUACUUGGCCAUUAUCCAUCCAUUGAGAUCCAGACUGUCCUCUACCACCACCAAAGUAGUGAUUGGUGUUAUAUGGGCUGUGGCUUUCUUGUUGGCUUUCCCUCAGUGUUUCUACUCGAGCACUAAGGUCUACUCUCAUCGCACGGUCUGCAUGGUGGAAUGGCCUGAUGACUACGGCGGAAAACACCAGCUCUCAUAUCAGAUUGCUGUCAUUAUCCUGAUCUACUUGCUCCCCCUGCUGGUGAUGCUAGUGACCUACAGUUUGGUGGGCCUACGUCUAUGGGGCAGCAAGAUCCCAGGAGAGGCCUCAGACCACUACCAGAACCAGAUACAGGCCAAGCGCAAGGUUGUGAAGAUGAUGAUCGUUGUGGUGACAACCUUCGCUAUAUGUUGGCUUCCCUAUCAUAUCUACUUCAUCCUGGGCAGCUUCAAGAAGGAUAUAUACAACCAGCGUUACAUCCAGCAGGUCUACUUGGCCAUCUUCUGGUUAGCUAUGAGUUCCACCAUGUACAACCCCAUCAUAUACUGCUGCCUGAACCAAAGACGCCUGCUGCUUCUCCUCAGAUUCCGGUCAGGUUUCCGGCGAGCUUUCCGCUGGUGCCCGUUCAUCAGGGUCACAGAGGAGGAUGACAUGGAGCUGCGGCACAUGAGAACUUUCCGGACAACGCGCAGCUGUCGAACAGAGACCACUAGUCUCAUGGUGCAGAACCAUGUCAAUGCACCAGAGGAGGUUAUGUCUGAGCUGAUUAAAUCCCAGGCUCAGCUUCACUGAUGGUUUUCUGAAGAAGAAAGAGUCACGCUAACUCAAAAUACCUCACAGUUUAAUAUGGAUGUUGUUCCAGUGAAUUCUAACUGUAUUUUUUAUGGCUUAAGCACUAAUCUUAUUUGUCGCUGCUGUUUUUGUUGAUUGUGCUUUUGUGUGUUUCAUUAAACAUUCUGUGCAAUGUGUGCACUAUAAACUGUAAACGCUA